AUGAAACGUCUUCUCAGGUUCGUGAAGCCCCAGCGCAAAAACUUGAAGAAAGACAAUCUUCCUUUGGAUGCUAAGGCAGAGGCAGGGGAACCUCCAUCUCAAAUGCAACCUUCACCACAUGCCUUGAGCACAAUAAUAAAGACCUCUCUUAAAAUGAGAUCCCAAGGACUAGGACUCAUUGUCUUCCAACAUGGGCCUUAUCUUCAGAUAUGCAACAUUGUGGAGAAAGGAACAGCUGCCAAGGAUGGAAGACUAAAGCCAGGAGAUGUUGUGAUUUCAAUUGGCCAUUCAAACGUGUUAGGAUAUACACUUCGAGAGUUUUUACAGCUUUUGCACCAUAUCCCCAUAGGUGCAAUUCUCCAAAUCAGAGUUUACCGAGAUUUCAUUGACAUACCACCAGAAUGGCAAAAUAUUGAUGAUUUAAUCCCUGAAACUAAUCCUGCAAUAGGAAUAACUCACACAUCCAAAAAAUAUGAACAGGAGAAUGCUACAUCUUCCUCUAGUAGUGAAGAUGAUGAAGACGAAGACUUAGAUAGCCAAUUUAUGUACUAUAAGUCUCCACAAUCAUUUCAGCAUCAUUCUACAAGGAAGCUGUCAUCGAUCUCCACAGAAUGGCAUGGAUAUAAAAAAAAGAAUCAUAUGUUUACAGUAGGAGAAGACAUUGGAUGUGAUGUUAUGAUUCAUAAGGAUUCUAAGGAGAAUAUUGAUGUUCCAAAAGACUUUAGAGCACCUUCCCCAUAUUGGACAAUGGUAAAACAAGACAGUGACAUGUCUUCCUCUUCUUCUACAUCAGAUGCUUUUUGGCUUGAAGACUGUGCCUAUGCUCAACAGGAAAAGGACAUUUUACAGCAUAAGAAGUAG